UCUGGGGCAGAAGCCUCCCCCGGGGGGCGGCCAGCAGCUCGCAGGUGCCCCCGCCCGCCCCGCCGCCUCCUGCCCCCGGCGGGAGCGGCGAGGAGCUAGCUCGGUGCGCCCGGGAGGCGGAGGGCGGCGCCCCGGCCCCGGCGGGAGAGAGCGCGCGGGCGGGCGCGGGGAGGCAGGGGCGGCCCUGGAGGCGGCUCGCGGAGGCCGGGAAGCUGCGGGGCGGCGAGUGGACCGAGCCAUGGGGCGUCCCCCAACCCCGCGGGCCCCGCCGACGGCGCUCCUGCUCCCGCUCCUGCUGCUGCUGCUGCUGCUGCCGCUGCCGCGGCCGCUCGGGGCUGACCCCCUCCCCACCGAAGGCCGACUGGUAAACUGUAUCCAGGCCAAGAGGAAAUGCCAAGUCGAUCCUAUUUGCAGUGCUGCCUACCACUACCUGAAUUCCUGCACCUCUAGUGUAAGCACCCCAUCACCCGUGCAGGAGUUUCUGGUCCCUGAAGAGUGCAGGGAGGCAGCACAGCACCUCAAGAAUAGCUCUCUGAUGAGCUGUACAUGCCACCGGCACAUGAAGAACCAAGUCGCCUGCCUGGACAUCUACUGGACUGUUCACCUUGCCCGCAGGCUUGGUGACUAUGAACUGGAUGUCUUCCCCUAUGAAGACACAGUGACCAGAAAACCCUGGAAAAUGAAUCUCAGCAAACUGAACAUGCUCAAACCAGACUCAGAUCUCUGCCUCAAGUUCGCCAUGCUCUGCACUCUUAACGACAAGUGUGACCGGCUGCGCAAGGCCUACGCGGAGGCGUGCUCGGGGUCCCGCUGCCAGCGCCGCACCUGCCUCCGGCAGCUGCGCGCCUUCUUUGCGAAGGCGUCGGAGCCGCACGCCCAGGGCCUGCUGCUGUGUCCCUGCGCGCCCUCCGACCAGGGCUGCGGGCGACGGCGGCGCAACACCAUCGCCCCCGGCUGCGCGCUGCCGGCGGGGGCCCCCAACUGCCUGCAGCUGCGGCGCGACUGCGUCUCUGACCCGCUGUGCAGAUCUCGUCUGGUGGAUUUUCAGACCCACUGCCAUCCUCUGGACAUCCUAGGGACCUGUGCAACAGAACAGUCCAGAUGUCUGCGCUCAUACAUGGGGCUCAUUGGGACUGCCAUGACUCCCAACUUUGUCAGCAACGUCAACACCAGUGUUGCCUUAAGCUGCACCUGCCGAGGCAGUGGCAACCUGCAGGAGGAGUGUGAGCAGCUGGAAGAGUCCUUCUCCCACAACCCCUGCCUCAUGGAGGCCAUUGCAGCUAAGAUGCGUUUUCACAGUCAACUCUUCUCCCAAGACGGGGCAGACCCUACCUUUUCUGUGAUGGAACGCCAGAACAAAAGCCCUGCUCUGAGGCCACAGCCCUGGGUGCCCUCUCUUUUCUCCAGUACACUUCCCUUGAUUCUGCUCCUGACCCUCUGGUAGCUGGACUUCCCCUGGACCCCUCUCCCCUCUACCACACCAGGCCUGACCUGCAGCCUGCAAGGGUUGAGGAAAGAGCAGCAUCAGGAAAGAGAUGCCUUAAACAACAUGGCGACCUUGACUGCACCCUGCACCCCGCCCCCAUAUCCAGAUGGCUCUAGAGGGGGUCAUAGCAGAAACUGACUAGCUAGGUUCUCAUUCCCUCUGCUCUGACUCAGGCACCCUUCCUUAGGACUUAGGGACUUUGGUUUUACCAUGUCUUCUGAGGGAGGCCACCUCUCCCUAGCUGUCUCCUGAGCCCUUCCUCCUGCCCACCAGAAUCACCCAGGCUCUAACAAAUCAGUCACUCUCUGUUGCAUUCUCCAGGUAGGCAGGGCUGGAUGUUCUGAGGCAGCCUAGAAAGACAUUCCCCAUUGUGAGGAAGACUGAGGCAAGACUCCUACCCCUCUGUCUCCUCCUCUGAAUGGGGAAUGGGAACCUGCUGCCUCCCCUACCUGGGGAUCCUGCAGAACAUUUGAUCAGGAGCCAGAGUGUUUGGGUCUUGCUUUCACCUGCUACUGUCCUGAAGUACCCCCCAGCUCCUUGGAUCAUGAUUAAACAUUUGACUUAAAAUUUUGCUCUUUUCUGGGACACCUGGGUGGCUCACUAGUUGAGCAUCUGCCUUUGGCUCAGGGUGUGAUCCUGGAGUCCCAGGAUCGACUCCCACAUUGGGCUCCUGCAAGGAGCCUGCUUCUCCCUCUGCCUGUGUCUCUGCCUCUCUCUGUGUGUCUCUCACGAAUAA